GAAGAAAUUAGAAAAAUGAUGAAGCAUGCCUGGGACAAUUAUAGGCAAUAUGGAUGGGGACAUAACGAGCUCAAACCAAUUGCCCGGAAAGGACAUUCCACCAACAUAUUUGGAAACUCACAAUUGGGUGCUACCAUAGUAGAUGCAUUGGAUACUCUUUAUAUCAUGGGGCUUCACAAUGAAUUCAGAGAAGGACAAGAGUGGAUUGACAAAAAUCUUGAUUUCAGUGUGAACUCCGAAGUGUCUGUUUUUGAGGUCAAUAUUCGUUUCAUUGGUGGUCUUCUAGCAGCAUACUACCUUUCAGGACAAGAGGUUUUCAAGAUCAAAGCAGUGCAACUGGCAGGAAAACUUCUUCCAGCCUUCAACACACCUACGGGUAUACCAUGGGCCAUGGUGAAUCUGAAAAGCGGUGUGGGUCGAAACUGGGGCUGGGCUUCUGCUGGCAGCAGCAUCCUUGCUGAGUUUGGUACUCUGCACAUGGAAUUUGUCCACCUCAGCUAUUUGACAGGGGACCCUGUAUACUACAACAAGGUCAUGCACAUUCGGAAGUUACUUCAAAAAAUGGAUCGUCCUAAUGGACUUUAUCCAAAUUAUUUGAAUCCAAGAACAGGCCGGUGGGGUCAGCAUCACACAUCCGUGGGCGGGCUGGGAGACAGUUUUUAUGAAUAUUUAUUGAAAGCCUGGCUUAUGUCAGACAAGACGGACAUGGAGGCAAGGAAAAUGUACGACGAUGCAAUUGAGGCCAUAGAAAAACAUCUCAUCAGAAAGUCCAAUGGGGGACUGACCUUCAUUGGGGAGUGGAAGAACGGCCACCUUGAAAGAAAGAUGGGCCAUUUGACCUGUUUUGCUGGGGGAAUGUUUGCCCUUGGAGCAGAUGGUUCCAGAGAUGAUAAAGCUGGACAUUAUUUGCAGCUUGGAGCUGAAAUUGCACAUACAUGUCAUGAGUCAUAUGACAGGACAACAUUAAAGUUGGGUCCAGAAGCAUUCAAAUUUGAUGGUGGCGUAGAGGCGGUGGCAGUGCGGCAGAAUGAGAAGUAUUACAUCCUAAGACCAGAGGUGAUUGAGACCUACUGGUAUAUGUGGAGAUUCACCCACGAUCCCAAGUACAGGCAGUGGGGCUGGGAGGCAACACAGGCAAUUGACAAGUAUUGCCGAGUCAGUGGUGGCUUUUCUGGUGUCAAGGAUGUCUAUUCCUCAUCUCCUACAUAUGACGAUGUACAGCAGAGCUUUUUCCUCGCUGAAACUUUGAAGUAUUUGUAUCUGCUUUUCUCCAAUGAUGACCUUCUACCGUUAGACAACUGGGUUUUUAACACAGAAGCUCAUCCUCUGCCUGUUUUACAUUUAGCCAACACCACACUGUCAGGAAAUCCUGCAUAUCGAUAAAAACAGCUCUAUGAAGAGGAAGAGAGACUGUUUUCAGCUCUGUUUUGUUUACAUGGACCCCUUGAGACUUUAAGCAGGAGAGGAGACAGACAUUUGAUAAAACUAGACCUCUGAGUCAAGCAAGUAGCGGCGUGAGAAACAAAACUCUUCAACAUAUAAGUUAAAAGUUCUGUUUUAUACAUGACCAAAACACAUUAGUGUGGUAUUUGCAGGGCACAGUACUUCAUGUGCUUUCAACCCUAGCAAGACAUGGAAUCUACUGUUUAAUAUAAAUGCAGCAGCAUAAGGAAGAAGAGGCUUUCCUGUCCAGGGAGAGGAACUUGCCACUGCUGCUGUUCGCUGUUGCAAGGAACAACACACCACACACCUCUUCAGAUCGGGUGGGUUCCAAAUACCUAGAUCUUAUUUUUCUUUUCUUUUUUUUUGAUGAUGGCAUGAACAAAGCAACAACAAAAAGCAGCAUCACUGCACCAGCAGCGUCAGGAUUUGAAUUUUUUUCUGUACCUG